AUGGAGACUGCGGAGGUUGAGGAGGAAGCUGAUGAGGAGGCGAAGAAGAAGGGGAGUUGGAGAGAGCGAAAGUACGAGUUUUCGAAGCCGGUCUCGACUGCGUGGGACGACGCGCGCGUCAUUCUUCCGGCCGGAUGGGAGCGCAUGAAGAAGGGGCUCUGGCCGCAGCAGAUGGAGGACCGAUGGGUGAUAGCCCACGUGGCGACGGCGGAGGCGAACGGUGGAGAGGGGGAGGGGAUCGUGUUGGCUAGGAGCUGGACAAGGUAUCCCUUGGCACAGAUCACAGUAGUACCCUCAGGCGCGGACGGUUGCAGCAGGAGGAUCACAAAGAUUACGUGGGAGGGAGACGAGAAGCGCUGGAGGGUGGAUGACCGUAAGAGCGAGGCCAAAAAACUUGUUGUCCGGUUCGCGAGGGGGGUUUUCAAAGUCGACCUGGCAAACGACAGCGAGUACGAAGGGGACUGA